GUUUACGAUUCUCAUCUCGUCGCAUCACAAUCAAUAUUUUUAUAAAUAUUUUGCAUGUUAUGCUAUGUGUGAUACUAAUUAAAUUGGCGGUUAAAAAAUGCAGUGAACACCGAAGAAACAUUUACUCUAAAUAGUUUAAAAUAGCCUGUACUAACAGCUUUUUAGUACUAAAAUGGAUGCGCAAAGUGCAUUGGAAGACAUCGGGAAAGGAAACGACGAUGAACGUUUACCCAAGGAAGACUAUAUUGAGAUAGAGAUACCAUACGAUUUCUACCAAUAUCUUAGUUCGGAGCAGUGCAACAUACAGAACAUGUGUCGAAUAUGUCUCGCUACGGACAACGAAGUGUUGUACCCUCUAGUUGCUACCAAAGAAAACAAUAUUCUAGCUCAAAUGUUUACCACAUUGACUUCUCUACAAUUGUUCCCAGGAGAUGGUUUGCCAUCAAGCAUCUGUGAGCCGUGUCAGGCUCAAGUGAUGCACUGCUAUGAGUUCAAGCUAAAGUGUGAGAAGUCUGACUGCAUGCUCAAGUCCAUACUCAAAGGAGAAUUCAUUGCCAAAGAGGAACUAUCUGAUCAUAGCAUGGCUGUAAAACAAGAAUUAGAUAAAGAAAAUAUGGAUAGAAAUGAUAUUAGUAACUUAGGCAUAGAUGAUAAUGUAUUUUUAAAUGAUAAUAUUGAAGUUAAACAAGAACAAGAACUAUUGGAAGAUGUGCAAUAUUUAGAAGAUCUCAGUGACAACAGUGAUAACCUGACUAUAGUACAAAGUACCAGGAAGAAGAAGAGAAAAAAAGUAGCUGAUGUUAAUGGUGAUUAUAAAAUUCACAGAAACGCUUCAGUAAGAAGUAAACAUGGGAAUAAAGGGAACUCAUUUAGAUGCAAGAUUUGCUCUAAGGUAUUCCACAAUUUGAAAACAUUCCACGCGCACGUUAGGAGCAAGCACCCAAGUAAUCAACAUCAGCAUAUGUGCAACCAAUGCACUGAGUCUUUUGAGUCGGAACACGAUCUUAAAGUGCAUUCAGCUAUUCACGUUAAGCAUGGAAACAUUUGGAAGUGUAACCAGUGUCCUAAGGAGUUUAGUACGCGCACAAUGAUCCGCCGCCACAUAUUUCGUCACAUGGAGUCCAAGCGUCACUCGUGCGAUGUGUGCGGCAAGUCGUUCACGGAGCUGUACGCUCUGCGCCGGCACGAGCGCGUCCACACCGGUGAACUUGUGGAGAAGAAGCACAAGUGUACUAUGUGUGAUAAACGGUAG